UUUAAAUAUCAGCUUGUGUCGAUGCAUGUGACAGAAACAGCCUGAAUGUGGCCGGCGAUGUUUUAACCUGAACGCAGAUAUUACACAGAGAUCCGUCAUGGCCGCGGCUGGUGCUGAUGAGAGUCCGGCGCAUCUCUGAUCAUCAUCAUCAUGUCUGUUCUCCGUGUGUAAGUCGCGUGCGUUGCGGGCUGAGAUGGUUCGGGUGGUCAGUGUUUUGGGUCUGGUGAUGUUCAGCGUCGCUCUGCUCAUCUUAUCACUCAUCAGUUACGUGUCCAUAAAGAAAGACUUCAUCUUCACCGCCUCGAAAUACGCCAACGCCGGCGGCCCGCGGAUGUUUCAUGCGGGGUUUGGGUCCCAGCUGGCGAUGAAGUUUUUGGAUCCAGCGUUCUCGUCGCUGAAUGCCGCGCUCAACGAGAAUCUACAAGAGUCCAACAAGUGGAAGUUUAACAAGACCGCUUAUUUAGAGCAAAGUAAAGAGAUCGCCCAAUACAUUGACGUACCACACAACUUCACCCUAACCAAGAGCAGCGUACGUGUGGGUCAGUUAAUGCACUACGACUACUCGAGUCAUAAAUAUGUCUUCUCCAUUGGUAAGAACCUCAGGUCUCUGCUUCCAGAUUCUUCUCCCAUCCCCAACAAGCGCUACAACACCUGUGCUGUCGUAGGGAACAGUGGAAUUCUCACCAGCAGCCGCUGCGGUCCCGAAAUCGACAAGUAUGACUUUGUCUUCCGCUGCAACUUCGCGCCCACUGAAGUCUUCCGUAAAGAUGUGGGGUGUCGGACCAACCUCACGACCUUCAACCCCAGCAUUCUGGAGAAAUACUACAACAACCUCCUGACCAUCCAAGACAGGAACAAUUUCUUCUUGAGUUUGAAGAAACUAGACGGAGCCAUACUUUGGAUUCCUGCGUUUUUCUUACACACGUCAGCCACUGUCACACGCACCCUCGUAGACUUCUUCGUAGAGCACAAGGGCCAGCUCAAAGUGCAGUUAGCCUGGCCGGGAAACAUUAUGCAGUAUGUGAACAGGUAUUGGAAAAACAAGCAGCUGUCGCCGAAGCGUUUGAGCACCGGCAUUCUGAUGUUCACGCUGGCCUCGUCUCUGUGCGAUCAGGUCCAUCUGUACGGCUUCUGGCCCUUCGGCUGGGACCCAAACACGGGGAAAGAGCUGCCGUAUCAUUACUACGACAAGAAAGGCACCAAGUUCACCACCAAGUGGCAAGAGUCGCACCAGCUGCCCACCGAGUUCAAACUGCUCUUCAAAAUGCACACGGAGGGCGUCCUGAAACUCAGCCUCUCCCACUGCGCCUAGGGGGCAAAGGUCAGGCUCAACCGGUCAGCGGUCAGAAUUCAGGGUCGCUUGCUUUUGCUAAUGGACUUUGCCAUGAUUUGGGGGAGGCGACUGCAACUAUCGACAUUGAGCUCAGUUGUAGUAUUACUGGUAACUACUGUUAUCAAUGAUAGAGGACACGUAUUGAUGACAUCAGUGAUAUAAAAGAGAGUUCUGCGUGCUCAGAGCGUUUAUCAAAUCAAUUGACUAUAUCAAAAGGCGUAUAGAAAUGCAUCAUGUUACAAUAUAGCCGGAAUAUAUAAUGCAAACAUUAAAGAACAUACUGCAUAUCAAAUCUCUGAGAUGUAUCACAACGUUUAGCCAUAAUAUAAUCCUUCAAUUGAUUAACGGUUGCUCAUAGUUAAUGUUUGGAUCAAUAAAACAAGUCUUGAGCCAUAUCUAGAGACCACAAUAUUAUGGAGAAUCAGUGGUGGGCUUUUCGACUUAGAAGGCAACAAAAUAGCAUCAUGCUAAAACCGCUUCAAUCGUGGCUGUGACUUGUGCGAGUGCCACUUACUGAAUCUAGUUUUGUAUAUAGUCACAAUGAGGACUCUACACUUACUUUCUGCAUGCCAAAGACAGUAAGUCUGGUCUUGGUUUUAUUUUUAGUCAGUUAAUAGGCUCUGGGCAUUCUGAUCAGAUCGUUGAAUUGCAAUUUGACACAUGGUGUGUCAAUCAUUCAGAUUGUACUAAUAUAGCGCAACAGUGCCCACCCACUUUUUCUGGAAGUUUUUUUCCCAUUCGUUUUUUCCAUAGGGAUUUCUUUAAAUCCUCCAGAACAGAGUUGUGCACCAUGUACCAAACCAACCAUCUCCGAGGUGCAUCACAACAUUACAAACUUUGAUUUGAGGCAAAAAAAUUAUAAUUAAAAUCGGACAAAAAUCCAUCCCAUGAAGCUUUGUGAAUGAUGUCAUUGAGUUACAAAUACUGGGAAAAUAUCAAAAAGAUUGAUUUAAAGUUUAAUGCAAAAUUUCCAGACAUAUACAAGUAUAUAAGUAGUUUUGAGAGCAACUUGAUUGCGUCAUUCACAGUGCAUCAAGGGAGUGGCCGGUUGCUGCAGAGCACUUUUCGUGUGCUUUGUAGUCCGUGAUUCUCUGAUUGGUGGCUUUUCAGAGCAUUAUGGGUAGUGUAGUUCUUCACCAAAAAUUCUGCUAUUAAAUAUGAUUGUUUUUAAUUAAAGGAAUAGUUCACUCAAAAAUGAAAAUUCAGUCAUUGGUUUACUCACCCCUGUGUUGUUAUAACCCUACAGCCGUGGCCUAAAGUAUUGGCAGUGACAUAAAUGUUGUGUUUCGCAAAGUUUUCUGCUUCAGUUAUUGUGGUGUUGAUACACAUUAUUUCUAGAUUAUUGUGCAGAGUGAUCAGAUGCAUUUUAAAUAAUUGCAAAAUGCUUCAUUGGCCCAAAAAAUUAACUAUAUCACAAAAACCCAAAUUUCACUGUUUUUUUGGUCCUGGCACAAAAUGACCAGCUAACAUAAUUUCACUGAUGAUAUCAGCAGCACCUGGAAUAGUGUGAACGAGUACUAGUCAGGUGACAUCACUCUAUCAUUCUGAUUGGAUUAUAAGAGCAGACUGAUGCUAUAAAAGGAGGGAAGAAGUGCUUCCAAUCAUUGUGUUCAUGUUAGCAAUGGUUACCUCUAAAGAAAGACGUGCAGCCAUCAUCGCUUUGCAUCAAAAUGGCCUCACAUGCAAGGAAAUUGCUGCAAAGAAUAUUGCACCUGAAAGAACCAUUUACUGGAUCAUCAAGAACUUCAAGGAGAGAGGUUCAACUGCAGUGAAGAAGGCUUCAGGACGUCCCAGAGUGUCCAGCAAGCGCCAGGACCGUCUCCUCCUGAGGAGUCAGCUACAGAAUCGUGUCACCACCAGUGCAGAGCUCAAGAUUGGCAGCAGGUUGGUGUGAGUGCAUCUGCAAGUACAGUGAGGCGAAGACUUUUGGACAAUGGCCUGGUGUCAAGAAGGGCAGCAAAGAAGCCACUUCUCUCCAAGAAAAACAUCAAGGACAGACUGAAAUUCUGCAGGAAGUACAAGGAUUUGACAGUUAUUUUCCAUGAUGAAGCCCCCUUCUGACUGUUUGGGACAUCUGGAAAUUUGAUAGUCCGGAGAAGAAAAGGUGAACGCUACCAUGAGUCCUGUGUCGUGCCAACAGUGAAGCAUCCUGAGACCAUCUAUAUGUGGGGGUUGCUUUUCAUCACAGGGAGUGGGCUCGCUCACAAUCCUGCACAAAAACACGUCCAUGAAUAAAGAAUGGCAUCCUAACGUCCUACAAGUGCAACUUCUCCCAACGAUACAGGAGCAAUUUGGUGAUGAUCCGUGCAUUUUCCAGCAUGAUGGAGCACCAUGUCACAAGGCAAGAGGGAUAAUGAAGAGGCUCGGAGAUCAUUACAUUGAAAUUUUGGAUCCGUGGCCAGGCAACUCCCCUGAUCUUAAUCCCAUAGAGAACCUGUGGUCAAUCCACAAAAGGCAAGUGGACAAACAGAACCGCACAAACUGUGAUCAACUCCGAGCACUAAUAAGGCAAGAAUGGAUCGCCAUCAGUCCGGAUAUGGCCCAGAAGCUGAUAUCCAACAUGCCUGAGUGAAUUGCAGAGGUUAUGAAGAACAAGCGUCAACAGUGUAAAUAAUGACUCUUUGCAUAUAUUGAGUGUUUUUGCUAAUAAAAGCCUUUAAAACUCAUGAAAUGCUUAUAAUUGUUUUUCAGUAUGUGAAAAUCUACAAAUACUGAAGCAGUAAUCUUUGCAAAACACAAAAUGUAUGUCACUCUCAAUACUUUUGGCCUUGGCUGUAUAUGACUUACUUUAUUUUUCUUAAUGCAAAGGGGGAAAAUGUGAAAAAAAAACUGUGCUUAGUGAUGUCAUACAAUGGCAGUUUAGACAGCCUGAUCUCACAGCGAAAUCGGAAAGAGUAGACCGACUUUUCUUUUGGCAAAAUCGGUAUACGUUGACUGAAAUUUCGAAACACUGCCCCCAGUGGCCAAAGCGGUAAGUGUUGGAGGGCAUAUGGGCCAGGAGAGGUCACCAAAAGCUAGUAUCGAAGCAAGUUUUUUUCCGCUUUACAGGAUGUUAUACAAUAAAGAGAAAAGCAUAUAUUUAUAGAUUCUAUCGCCCAAACCUUACCUUAACCAUUAGUGGAGUAAAACAGCAAUGCUAGAGGGAAAAGUGAAACUUACGAAUCAUGCUCUGCAUUGACUAUUCAAAUGUGGUUACUGCCUGGGUUUGAACCCUAGUCUCCCAUGUAGCUGAUGCAACGCGCCACCAAUCACGCAAGGUGGAAAGGUAAACUCAUUGAAACCCCUGCAAACAUGUCUGAUAAGUAUAGAGUCGCCAAUCCUAGGGUACUGAAACUAUCAGAAACAUCGUGCCGACUUCACGUGUGAUCAUGUUGGUUUAUAGUGACCACAUCUUCAAGCUUCAAAAGGACACAAAAGUAUAAUUCAGAAGUCUAAUAAAAAACUAAACAAAAUCAGAACACACAACCUUACAGAACUUACUAAACAUGUCUGAAGAGUUUAUGCAUUUCUGUGCUCAGCCUUACUAUUUUGAAUGGAGGACUCAGAUAUCAAAGAGAAACAUAGAGGAGCUACCGGCUGCCACAGUCACACCAUGUCCUAACCCAACGGCAAACGACACACAAUAAAAGGUACAUUUAUUAUGUUAAUCAGAGUUUUUGUCCUACCCAGCCGUGACGAGCGACGGGACAUUCUAUCCAUUACUUGAUUUCUAUUUUCGGCAUUGCGCGUGUAAUUCCGUCCACUGUAAACUGACACCGGUCCAAAAACUUUCAAAAAAAUAAGGCUGGGCAUAGAAAUGCAUUAAUACUUCAACUAUAAACUCUUCAGACAUGUUUAGUAAGUUCUGUUCUCUGUUUUGUGUGCAGCUGUAUUGUGUUCUGUUGUCAAUAUCACUAUUUUAGAUAAACAAAACGUGUUUUUGCUUGAACGCCCCAAUGUCGUGAGGGGUCUGCUUGAACUGUUGCUCUCAUGUCCUAUCAUGAACACAUGUUAGAUCAAUGAUCAGUAACAUUUACACUAAAUAACACAUUAGAUUUCAGUUUCUCAUCAAAUCUUAUCCUAUACUUUCAUAACAAUCAUGAGUCUCAUGAAUAAUUAAUUAGACUACUGAAUUAUACUUUUGAGUUCUUUUGAAGAUGUAUGACAUCACUGAGCACAACAUUUAUUCACAAUUUCUCCCUUUGUGUUCAGAAAAACAAAGAAAGACGUAAAGUGUUAUAACAACACAGGGGCGAAUAAACAAUGACUGAAUUUACAUUUUUGGGAGAACUAAUUAAGUAAUAUUAAUGUUCAUAAUCAUUAUUUUUGUCUUGUUUUCCAGUAAACAUGUCUAACAUAUUUAAAUAUGCUUAAAGGGAUUGUUCAACCAAAAUGAGCAUUGUUUCAUCAUUUGCUCACCCUCAUGUGUUCCAAACCUGUAUGUUUGUGGAUGAUAUGUACAAUGUUAGCCUUGGUCACCGUUUAUUUGGUGACGUUAUCUCUAACAUCCUCUUUAUUUGUAUUCUUUAAAGUUGUUUAGAUUUGUACAAACCUUAAAAUAAUACUGAUUGAAAAUAUUUUUGCAGUGUAGGGUCGGUUUACAGUGUGUUCCUUUAUUGGGACAAAUGUGUCAUUUUAUGUUCACAGAUGUAUUCCUGAAUGUGUGAUUGUCAUUAACACAUGUUGAUUGUUUGUUUAUUACUGAGUGUGUGCAACGUUUAUUUAGAAAUACCAUAUUCAGUGUGCAGAUUCGUCUUUGUGAAGGAUGCAUGAAUCAAGACGCGUACAAGGUUAUCCUGGAAGAAAACUUGCUUCCUUCUGCUCUGAUAAUGUUCCCAAACUCUGAGGAUUGGUUUCUCCAGCAGGACAACGCUCCAUGCCACACGGCGGGUCAAUCAAGGGGUGGAUGGAGGAGCACCGGCUCAAGACCCUGUCAUGGUCAGCCCAAUCUCCAGACCCGAACCCCCAUUGAAAACCUCUGAAAUGUGAUCAAGAGGAAGACGGAUGCACACGAGCCAUCAAAAAAAGACGAGACGCUUGAAUUUUUGCACGAGGAGUGGCAUAAAGUCGCCCAACAGCAAUGUGAAAGACUGGCAGAGAGCAUGCCAAGAUGCAUGAAAGCUGCGAUUGAAAAUCAGGAUUAUUCCAGCAAAUAUUGACUUCUGAACUCUGAGUUAAACAUUAGUAUUGUGUUGAUUAAUAAAUGAAUAUG